AUGACGAAUAAGUUGGCACUUGAAACCUUUGAUAGAACUUUCCGUGAUUUAAUGAGUUCGAAUGUGCUUUCGGUUCAUGAUAUUUCCUUUGGUGAAAAAGUUAUUGUGUUUGGUGGUGAUUUUAGACAAGUGUUACCAAUAAAUGAUUUUGUUGUUGAUACUCUUCCUGAGUUAGAAAAGGUUUAUUUGAGUUCUGACUCUAUUUGUAGAAGGAUACCAAAACAUGUUCUUAAAUUGAAGAAAGGUGCUCCUAUUAUUUUGCUAAGAAACAUAGAUCAGGCAAAUAGAUUGUGUAAUGGAACCCGACUCAUUGUUCAAGAUCUUGAAGAUAAUAUUAUUGGUGUUGAAAUUGUGUCUGGAAGUAACAUUGGUGACAAAGUUUUUAUUCCUCGGAUGAAUUCAGUACCUAGUGAUCCUAGUACUCCUUUUAAAUUUCAGCGCAGGUCUAACAUUGUUGACAAUGGAUUUGGAUUAGGGUGCUGUUGA